CAUCUUCAAAGAGGAUAUGAACAUUCAUAACAGGAGACCAGCGAAGAAAUUAUGGCUUUACUAUUGACAUUGAUUGCUCUUUUCAUGCUUCAGAUUGGAGUAUCUCUUGCAGGUUUCCAACUCAAGGGAGAUGGUUUGGAGAGGACCUUUAAAAGAGAAGGAGAGGACGUCCUUCUAACUUGUGGUGUUGAUAGAUCCUCUCCCCAAUGUGCCGAACUUAAAUGGUUGUACAGGAGACAUGAGGCAGAUGACAACUCUCCUAUAGAACAAAUAAGCUUUGAAGGAAAUGUUAACCAGAGUUUACCUCGAGCUUCCAGGCUGAGUGUGACCAGUAACUGCUCUCUGCUCAUCAGAAACCUCCAUAGUGAAGAUGCUGGUCUCUAUGGGUGUGCAUGGAUUAGGUUUCUUUACAUUUUGACAAUUUCUUCAUCUCCAUCAGAUGUUGCUGAACGAGUCGACCUAACAUGUUCUCUAAAGAGUUUUAGAGAACUUGAUGAUUGUAGUCCAGGCCGCCUCAUCUGGGUGGAUGAAACAGGAACUGAACUGUCUGGUAAAAAUGCCGAGUUUGAAGUUAACCCGCACAAACAGUGUGUUUCUGUUCUGACUGUAAAACGUCCGAGUGGAAACAGCAAAAAGUUCACCUGCAAGUUUGUUGAGGAUGACCAAGUGAUGAUAGAUCUUGUCUACAUUCUUACAGAAUGAACCACAUGCAGAGAACAGUGAUGAAGACGCCCUGGGAAGAAGAGAUGCAGAAACUCAUCUUACAGAGAAAAAGGACAAAUGGAGACGACUGUUCACUUUUUAAGACGUCUGUUGUGCCAAUGCAGUAACUUAUUAAUUCAUUUACUUUUUUGAUUUUUAACUUUUUUUAAUCAAAUAAAACUGUCAUUUAAGGUACUAAAUAAAUCAGACAGUUAGUGAUUAGCUUUUUGUUAUCAUUCCUCUUACGUACAAAUCAUAAUAAAUCAUCAGAUUAUUGCAAUCAGUUGUUAAUAUUUUGUGUUUGAGAGAUUGAACCCUCAGUUAAGGGUGGUGGGUUAGGUUAAGUAGCAUGGCUGCUGUGUAAAUGUCAAGAAAAAGGUAGUGAAAAAGAAUUUGUGUAGCUGUAAUCAGAAAAGUGUUCUUUUUACUGUUGCAGACCAUUUACCAUCUACUUUAUCAUCUGUUUCAGAGGUCAAAAUGAAGAAAAAACAUCAUAAAUAAUAAUGCUCGUGUCUGUAAUUUUACUUUUUCUCAAUAAAAUAUGCUUACAGCAUUUAAAACAA